CGAAGGCUCGGGUUCCUGUAAUUUUCAGCCAAUAGCUUUCGCGUCGCUGGGCGGUUUAUGCAAAUUAAGCCUCCUCACUCCUCCUCCUCCUCCUCCAUCUUGGGAAGGGUCGACUCUAGACUGAAAAGGCAAGCCAUUAAAAACAGCAACGACCGGCAGUACUGUUUCAUUCCAUCAUGAUUGUUUUGCCACCCGGGUUAACAGAAGAUGAGGAGGCUCUACAGAAGAAAUUUGCCAAACUCAAGAAAAAGAAAAAGGCCCUCAUGGCCUUAAAAAAGCAGCAGGGUUCAACCAGUCAGGCUAUCCAGGGAGGAAUUAAACGAUCCAUCUCAGAUCAGCCAGUAGUCGACACCGCGACAGCCACAGAACAAGCCAAGAUGCUGGUGAAAACGGGGGCCAUCAGUGCUAUUAAAGUGGAGAACAAGAACUCGGGAUUCAAACGCUCUUGGACUCGGAAGGUGAAGCCAAAAGAGACGAAGAAGGGAUCUGCCCCAACUUACCAGCCCUUUCAGCGCAGCGUCUCAGCAGAUGACGAUUCCCGAGAGGCCCGGCGCCCCCAAAGGAAGUAUCUAUACGAGAGCUUUGUGAGCUCUAGUGAUAGCCUGCGAGAUCCAGAGAAAGAGCCAGAAGAAGGCAGAGAUCCAGACAAAGAAUCCGAUCAGAGUGAAAGUCUGCAUGGAUUUGAGAGGGACAGUGAGCGGGAUCGUAGCCGGGACAGGAGUAGAGACCGGGACAGAGACCGAGAUAGAGACCGGGACAGAGACCGAGAUAGAGACCGGGACAGAGACCGAGAUCGAGGACGUGAGCGAGAACGGGACAGAGAAGGCUACCGCCGAUCGGAUUCUUACCCCGAGGGACGCGUCCCUCGCAAAGGGAACACGUUGUACGUGUAUGGGGCAAAUAUGAAUGAGGCCAUGUUGACCACGGCUUUCUCGGCCUUUGGGAAGAUCAUUGACCUUUCUGUCGACAGUGUCCGCAACUGUGCUUUUGUGACCUAUGACAAGAUUGAAUCAGCAGAUCAAGCUGUUGCUCAGCUCAACGAUACCGUGGUGGAAGACGUGAAGCUGAUGGUCAGCAUCGCUCGCAAGCAGCCCAUGCUGGAUGUGGCCGUCGGCAAAUCCGUGUGGGGAACUUUGGCUGUGAUAAACACCAUCAAUGGUUCUCAUCGAGACAAGCGAGCCCAGGUUAUCUACAAAGAGGACAACUUCUGAAGCGUAGGAAGACCCGUUUCUCCCCUGUCCUCUCUCUGCCUUUUCAUUUAAAAGAUUCAAAUAAAUGUUGGCUUUUUAAAAAAAAAAAAAGUUUUGAACCAUGCUAAUUCCAGUUUUAGGAGUGAGGCUUUGGAAAGCACUGUGUCCUUUUCGGUGUCUUUAAUACAAGGUUGAACCUCAAGGUUUUCCCCAACUUGGAUAUGGGGGGGGGGGGUUGUUUUAAAAGAAAAUAUAGAUGAAAUGUAAAUACUGAAGAUUUUUCUAAAUGUGGUUUAGUCACAGAAAAUGAAGUGAUUGUUUUCCUCAGAUGUUUUGCAAUGGAAAGAAAGGAAGGUUGAGGCAACCAGGCUGGAAAAAACAUUUAAUUUGAUAACAAAAAGCAAUUUAUUAGCUUCAGAAUUAGCCAAGCAUCAAGCAGAGUUAAUAAUGGGGAUAAUAUGAUGAGCGUCUACAUAGAAAAAGACCAGCUUGUUUUGAAUCCUAUGAUUUAAGUAUAUGUAAGUCACAAGAGGACUGCAAGACGAGAAAGUAAAACUCCUGUAUGAAAACUAAUCUCCCAACCAAAUAAAUGGGGGAAGUGGAUGUAAAAAAAGAGGAUGCAGGUAGUCCUCAACUUACAACCGUUCGCUUAGUGACCAUUCGAAGUAAACAACAAGAAAAUGGUGGGGGAGUGACUUAUGACCAUUUUUCACACUUUUAUGACAAUGGCGGUAUCCCCAUGGUCCCUUGAUCGAAAUUUGGAUGCUUGACAAGUGGUCCGUGUUUAUGACGGUGGCAGCGGCUCGGGAUGUGUGUGUGUCACGCGAUCCCUUUUUGCAACCUUCAGACAAGCGCAAAGGCAACGGGGAAGCCAGAUUCACUUAACAAGCGCGCUACUAACUUAACCACGGCGGCGAUUCACUUAAACACUGUGUCAAUAAAGGUCCUAAAGUGGAGCAAAACUCUUAGCAGUGGAAAUUUUGGGCUCGAUUACGGUUGUAAGUCGAGGACUGCCUGUAAUAGAUUCUGUCAGAAUGUUGAAAAAUCCUAAGAGGGCGUAGGUGGAGAAAAGUUAAAAUACGGAUGCAGUUUUUGCUUAUGGGAGAGUUAUGUGACAUCAUCUGGGCCUGACAAUCGGAAAAAUCCUGUUAUUUUUGAUACAAAGGCAAGGGGGAUUAGCAUAAAAGGGCAGAGGGAAUGGCUCUGAAGCACAGGCAGAAAUGUCUCUACCAAUGUAACAGAUAGGAGGGCCUUGAGGUCAGGCCAAGGAAAUAAUGUGAGAAUACACCUAAGCCAAGCCCCUCUCAAUUUCUCAUGAAGGUAAAAGUGACGGGCGAGGGAAGUACAUUCAGACUUGCAAGAUUUUUGUUUGUUUAGCUGUUCCAAUAAACAAUUCUUAUCCUACACGG